UGUCAUAUUGUGGUAGACUUGAUAAAGGGAUUUGCCUGUUACUUUUUGUUGUCAGCUGUUCUAAUCUAAUCUAUGUUCAUUGAGGCCAUAGUGUUGGUGACCAGUCGGCACAGGCUAAUCAGGGAUGACACUUUCUGUCUGCCUAUACUUGGUUUUUACUAAGAAGAGACUUUCUUUAAUCCUUUCCCACUCAGAAGCAAAGUGAAAAUGGCUAUGUGCAAACAACAGUAACACGCAGUCUGUUCAGGUUUUAUGCUGUUUACCGCUCACCAGUAUCUAAGGGUCGGAAAUGAACCUGAAUCUAGUAAAAAAAGGUCUUUAAUUGAAUUUAACUUUCAAAAGGACUACAAAUGUGUCAAAAACGUAUCUAAGGGGUAAAGGGUUAAACAAAAAAUUAAAUGAAAACUGAAAUUGUUGUCCCUAAUUAGCCUGUGUGAACUGCACAGGCUAAUCUGGGAUGACACUUUAUUCUCAUGCAGUAUGCCCGAUUUUCACAGAACUCAACUGAAAUGUGCAAAGAGCUGUCAUGUGGUUACAAAGCCUUCCUUGCAGUGACUGGGAUUUUGAAGAUCAAUUAUUGCAAUGUAUUUCAGUUUCUGGUAGCUUAUUUUGCACAAGGACAAUUUUAACUAAUUUAUGGAGAAUACUUUAUACCUUGGACCAAUGGUAUUAAGAGAUGUGCUGAUACACUGAUAACACACUUUACAUGUACCUCUGUGAAAUACCACUCUGCUGACUGUUAUUGGAGCUGCUAUAUUGCAUACAGAGCUGACAGGAUGGUGUUGUCAGAUGCCAGUGGAGGAGACGUGGGUUGGAGGAAGUGGCUGAUAGCAGCCUGGGCGUUCAUGGAGUGCCUCCUGUUUGGAGGACUCAUGUAUGGAUGGAGCUCCAUCGUGUUUGUGCUCAAAGAUGAGGGGAUCUACGCAGACCUGUGUCCUUCUCAGUCUAGCAUCCAAUCAAAUGCCACAGUGCCUACAUUGAUUGUGGACUUGAAUUCAACUGUUGUUAUAGGAAACAAUACUGAGUAUGGUAUCACCAGUGGUAACAGUACCUUAGAGCAAAGAAGCAAGGAGUGCAAGCCUCAGGACAGCAACAUGACUCUGUGCUUCACCAUUGGGUCUGCUCUGUUCUGCGCUGGCUGCGCAGUGUUGGGGCACGUCAGCUACAAAUUUGGAACCAGAGUUACUAGGCUUAUUUCUUUUGUUAUGUUUAUAGCUGGUGCUCUUUUGAUGGCAUUCAUAAACAAAGAUGCUCCCUGGUUGAUGUUCCCCGGCCUGUCUCUACUGGGUAUGGGAGGCAUCCCAUUACUGGUGACCAACACCCAGGUCUCCAACCUGUUCCUAGUAGGAAGCUCCACUGUAGUGGGCCUUCUUUGUGGGGGAUUUGACAUGUCCUCGGCUGUCAUGCUUAUAGUCAAGCUAGCCUAUGCUGGGGGCUUUGCAAGACGUGACAUGUUCCUGAUCAUUGCUGGCCUCCACCUGCUGACCCUUGUGAGCACGUUUUUUUUCCUGCCCAAGGACUUUAUUCCAAGGGCACAAACAAAGGCUCAAAGCCCUGAUGCGGUAGACGAGACAGAGGUGUCUGUGGAACUUCUCAGCGAUAAAAAUGCAAUAAAUGCUGCUGAAGAAAGUGCCCCUAGCAAGCCCAGCCUGCGUAGCUGCCUGUGUAAGCCUGUGUUCAUCACCCACGUUAUUUGGCUUUGUCUACUUCAACUGCGGUUCUUCUUCUUCAUUGGCACUCUCAACCAGUACCUUAACCGUCUCUUCAAGGAGGAUGCACAACAAGUAAGCUACUUCACGAACAUGUGUUUCACCAUCAUGAUGGGUGGUCUCGUCACGUCUCCUCUUGCAGGCGUGGUGUAUGACAUCGUACGACGCUGGUGUCAGGAUGGUAAAUCCUCUGCCUAUAGAGAGGUUUUCCCUGCUGCUAUCCCGCAGGCUGUAGGCAGUUUGUUGGCGCUGCUACUGUCAGUCCUGGUGCUGCUGCCCUCGACCCAGGUCCUGUACCUGACCUUCAUCAUCAUGACUGUGUUCCGGUCCUUCUUGUUCAGCAUGGCAGCAGCCUUCCUUAGUGUUGUGUUUCCAAGCGAGUAUUUCGGUCUACUGUAUGGCGUGAUGAUAGUGUCUGGUGGUAUAUUUAGCUUUUUACAGUUUGCUUUCUUCACCUGGGCAGAGCAGUAUCCAGAGGCACCGCUACAUGCUAACAUACUGCUGUUGAUACUGGUUUGUAUUUCAUUCUUCCAUCCCUUGUACCUCUGGAUCACCUGCUCAAGGGAGGAGAAAAAGUUCAAUGUCAACUGAGGGGCAAGGUUGAAAUUUAAAGAUAAUUUUACUGUAUGAAAAUAAUCUUAAAUUUGAUUCUAUAUGGUAAAUGUGCUUACUUUACAAAUUCAGUGUUAAGUAAAUUUUUCUGUUGUCAUUUCAUAUAAAGCCUACAUGAUUAUUGCCAAAGUGUAUGUUUUUAAUACCAGUUUGUUAUCGUUUUUUUUUGUAUCAAUUGUAGAUUGAUAUUAUGUUUUUAACCUAUACAUGAAACUGAUAUUAUAUUCUUAUUAUCGUAUUAUCAUAUAUUAUUCUAAGUAUGUUGUUAAGAUUGUUAAUGAGUUAUUACAGAUACAUAUUUUUUGUACUUUUGAAAAAUUUCAGUACAUAAUAUAAAGUAUUUACUUAUGAAUCAGUAUUAUUUGGAAUCUACAUUAAUUUCAGUAUCAAACGAGAGUUAAAUACAAAUGUUUUCCUUCUCAGUGGUUUUAAAUCUGGGUCCUUUGGGAUUAAAAUCUAACUUAUUGCCACUUUGCUUGCUAAAGGCUAAAGAUUUUUUUGUUUUUGUUUUUUAAAUGCUAAUACACAUGCUUAUUUGUUUGCAAUGAACAAUACUUUGUAAUAAGUAAGGUAAGCUUUGAAUAAAUUCCUUGUUUUCGUUCUAUAUCAGUUAAAGUGAACGUGCCAUAUAUUGUAAAGCGAUCUUGCUUGGUAAAGCCAUAUCUUACUGUUUUGUUGUACUAUGAUAGUUGUAUAAGUUGUAUUGGAUGUUUGAUAUUUUGUAGAUUUUAUAUAUUUCAUUAUAUCAAUUUAGCUUUAAAAUUGGAAUGUGCCAUUCAUUAUUUUACUUUUAUUUUAUUUAGUAUGUUUAAUUCUAAGUAUAAUUUCAAAAAAAUGUCAGGAUGACAGCUGUAUUAUAAUUUUAUAUGGUUGAGUAUUAUUCGAAUCAACUUAAAUACACUUAUAGUGUGUUACCUUGCUUUUGUUGUGUACAAUUGUUAUAUAGUACAACAUUUAUCAAGCUAUUAGUAAUGGGAGGGUUCAGAUCUUAACUGAAAGAUGUUUAUUUAUCUUUUCUUGUUGUGAAUAGAAAAAUAUGAGUUUUUAUGCCCCUGGAUCGAAAGAUCAGGGGCAUAUUGUUUUUGGCCUGUCUGUCUGUCAUUCAUUGUGUGUGUCCCAAAACUUCAACCUUGGUUAAAGUUUUGCAAUAACUUUUGCAUUAUUGAAGAUAGCAACUUGAUAUUUGGCAUGCAUGUGUAUCUCAUGGAGCUGCACAUUUUGAGUGGUGAAAGGUCAAGGCCAUCCUUCAAGGUCAAAGGUCAAAUAUAUGGCUUCUAAGCGGCGCAAUAGGGGGCAUUGUGUUUCUGACAACACAUCUCUUUUUUAAUAUUCAAAAGUUGAAAUUCACUUUUUCAAAUGCUAAGUAUUGGUUUGAACAUUAUUGAUAAUUUUCACUGUGAAAUGAAGUACAAAUGUUGUUAUCACAGAAAAUGCUCUAACUUACCUUUAAAAAUGUGAUUUUUUAAAAAGAUUCAAUAAAGUUAAUGUUUUUGUUUCAGUAGAUUUUAAAUUUUCAUCCACUCAUUAUCAUAGAAAUAAAAAAUCACCUAUAUGCGCCAUUCUUAAAUUUGUUAAUUUCUCGGAUCACCUAGACACUUGAGAUGUGCCUUGUGUUAUAGUGUAGUAUUGUAUCUGUAUAGUGUAGCAUAGUAUAUGUGAAGUGUAGCAUAGUACUAUUGUAGUGUCGAGUAGUGACAGUUAAGUAUUUUUUUGAACCUACAUUGGGCCUCAUUCCAUUCUAAAAAGGUGUAUAUUAGUCCCAUAUGACUGCUAAAAAUUCCGAAUUGAAGGUUAAGAAUUAUUAUUUGUUUGUUCAUUGCAACAUUCAUUUCAUUUCGAUAUCCAGCCUUAUGAGUCUAAUCUUAGUUAAUAAAAUAUUGAAAACACA